AGGGCGGGGGUCGGUUUCUGGGAAGGGGAUCCCUGUCCGGGAAGGGGGUGCGUGCGGCGCUCGGGGGAUGCUCUGCGGGCAGGGCCGCCUCUCCCGCACGCCCAGCGCCUCUCCUGCUCGCGGACCUGCAGCAGGUUGGCUUUUCCUCCCUCCCUGCGAUUCCAGCCCAGCAAUUCCAUCCUCACGGAGAAAUCCUUCCUGUAUGGAUCAGCCUUCUAGUGAUGGUGAAUCUGGGAGAAGACCACUCUAAGCAAACACAGGAUGAUUCGGGUCCCAGCUGAUGCAGAAAAUGCUCACAGUAGCAGUGUGGAAUCUUGCCCUUCCUUGCGGGAUGUCCCCUCCAUCAACCCAACGCAGCUGAUGGCCAGGAUUGAGUCAUAUGAAGGCAGGGAGAAGAAAGGCAUAUCAGAUGUCAGAAGGACUUUCUGUUUGUUUGUUACGUUUGAUCUCUUAUUCAUAACCUUACUGUGGAUAAUAGAAUUAAAUGUAAAAGGAGGCAUUGAGACUACCUUAGAGAAAGAAGUCCUACAUUAUGACUACUCUUCUUCAUAUUUUGAUAUAUUUCUACUGGCAGUCUUUCGGUUUAAGGUGUUAAUACUUGCAUAUGCAAUGUGCAGACUGCGCCAUUGGUGGGCAAUAGCUUUUACAACAGCAGUGACCAGUGCCUUUUUAUUAGCAAAAGUAAUUAUUUCACAGCUGUUCUCACAGGGUGCUUUUGGCUAUGUGCUGCCCAUCAUAUCAUUCAUACUUGCCUGGAUUGAAACUUGGUUCCUGGACUUUAAAGUGUUACCACAAGAAGCUGAAGAAGAAAAUAGAUUUUUGAUAGCACAGGAUGCUUCAGAACGAGCAGCUCUUCUUCACCCUGGAGUCCUCUCUGAUGGGCAGUUCUAUUCUCCCCCUGAGUCUGUAGCAGGUUCUGAUGAAGAUUCUGAAGAAAAACAAGACAGUGAAAAACCAAUUGUAUAGCAAAUAAGAAAAAGCAG